AUGACCCAACGAUCCUCUGUCACCAUCAAGUCAGGGGGCACCCGGAACUUCAGUGCUUCCUCAGCCAGCCUCCUUCCAGGCUGCCGGACCAGCUUCAGCUCUGUCUCCAUGUCUCAGGGAGGGAAGAGCUUUGGGGGAGGGUUUGGAGGUGGUUUCGGCACCAGGAGCCUCCACAGCCUUGGUGGUAGCAAGAGAAUCUCCAUCACUGGGGGUUACCGUUCCAGCCGGGCCAUCUGUGGAAGUGCUGGAUAUGGGCUAGGUCUCGGAGGCAUGGGGUACAGAGUAGGGGGAGCUUGCAGUGGGUAUGGAUUUGGAGGUGGAAUGACAUCUGGAGCUGGAGGUAUCCAUGAGGUCACGGUCAACCAGAGUCUCCUCACUCCCCUCAACCUGGAGAUCGAUCCUUCUCUCCAAAAGGUGCGGAAGGAAGAGAAGGAGCAGAUUAAGACACUCAACAACAAGUUUGCCUCCUUCAUUGACAAGGUACGGUUCCUAGAGCAGCAGAACAAAGUCCUGGAGACCAAAUGGAGCCUCCUACAAGAUCAGAAAACCACCAGGAUCAACAUUGAGCCCAUGUUUGAAGCCUACAUCAACAAUCUGAGACGUCAGCUGGAAGGCCUGGGUGGGGAGCGGACAAGGCUGGAGACGGAGCUGAAGAGCAUGCAGGAUGUGGUGGAGGACUUCAAGAACAAGUACGAAGAAGAAAUCAACAGGCGCACAGCUGCAGAGAAUGAGUUUGUGGUGCUCAAGAAGGAUGUAGAUGCUGCCUACAUGAACAAGGUGGAGCUGGAGGCCAAGGUGGACGCUCUGACCGAUGAGAUUAACUUCCUGAGAGCCUUCUAUGAGGCGGAGUUGGCUCAGCUUCAGGCCCAGAUAUCUGAGACCUCUGUGGUCUUGUCCAUGGACAACAACCGCUGCCUAGACCUGGACAGCAUCAUCUCUGAGGUCAAGGCCCAGUAUGAGGACAUUGCCAACCGCAGUCGGGCCGAGGCUGAGUCCUGGUACCAAACCAAGUACGAGGAGCUGCAGCGGUCUGCUGGCCGGCACGGGGAUGACCUCCGCACCACCAAGAUGGAGAUCUCUGAGCUGAACCGUAUGAUCCAGAGGCUGCGCUCUGAGAUUGAUAAUCUGAAGAAGCAGUGCGCUUCGCUCCAGGCUGCAAUCGCUGAUGCCGAGCAGCGGGGGGAGCUGGCCCUCAAGGAUGCCAAGCACAAGCUGGCUGAGCUGGAGGAUGCCCUACAGAAGGCCAAGCAGGACAUGGCCCGGAUGGUGCGCGAAUACCAGGAGCUGAUGAAUGUCAAGCUGGCCCUGGACAUUGAGAUUGCCACAUACCGCAAGCUGCUGGAGGGCGAGGAAUGCAGACUCACUGGAGAAGGUGUUGGAGCUGUGAAUAUCUCCGUGGUCUCUUCCUCUGGAGGUACAGGCUACAGUGGGGGCGGAGGCCUCUGUAUGGGCGGAAGUGGCUACGGCAGUGGCCUCUGCUACAGCGGAGGGGGCGGCGGCUUCAGCUCCACCAGCAGCCGCAGUGUUGGUGGGAGCAGCUCCAGCAUGCGCAUCAUCUCCAAGACCUCUUCCACCAAGAAGAGUUACAGGAGCUAA